AUGGCACCUUCAGUAAUCCACGUCGCGGGCCAGCUCCGACAACUUGUCUACUACCAUCUCGACAAUAACCUCUUGAAGAAUGCCUUGUUCCUCGCCUCUCGCCUCGUUGCCUACGAACCACGGUCCGCCGAAGCAGCAUACCUUCUUGCAUACUGCCAAUACCAAUCGGGAUUCGUCAAAGCGGCCUGGGAUACCAGUAGACCUGCUGGUGUACGAGGAUCCCAUCUCGGGUGCAGCUACAUUUUUGCCCAGGCCUCGCUCGAACUAGGACGAUAUGUCGAUGGUCUCACAGCGCUGGAGAAGAGCAAGCACUUAUGGCAGAACCGUAAUACUUGGGCUCAACAUAAUGAGACCCGGCGACAACAUCUCCCCGAUGCCGCUGCAGUGUCGUGUCUAAAGGGCAAGCUGUGGAAAGCACAUAAGAACAUUGACCAGGCAGUGGAGUGCUGGGCAGCGGCGUUGAAACUGAACCCUUUCAUGUGGGAUGCUUUCACGGGGCUUUGCGACGCUGGGGCCAAAGUCAGCGUCCCCAAUGUCUACAAGAUGUCGGCGGAGAUGAUAGCCAUGACACAUUUGUCUCAGCAACAGACAGCAAAGAUCGAGAUCCCAUCCACAGUGGCCGCCGACAAAGCUACAACCUCUGCAACUGGACAACAGUCGCACACUUCCAACCAUGCCAGUGUAGCGCCGGCGGAUCCGUUUGUAUCAACACACAAACCUCAUGGGCAUUCGCAAAUAGGCAACUCUGUUCUCUGGGAGAAACUGAAUGGCAGUAAGAUGAGUAUCAACACUAUGGAUACAGUCCUCGACGAAGAGGGCCUGAAUGCCCCCUCGACUGAGGCAGAAGUGGAGACAGGCAUAUUGCAAGGCGGUGUUGUCAAUCAACAUCAUGAGCCCCCUCCCGCGCCAAUGAGGAAGGCGAAGGGCGCAGCAGAAGUCGCGGCAGAUCCUCCUCCUAGGUGGAAGACCGGAUCUACACGGCUGAAAGCGAAAGCUAAAGUCGCCUCUGACGAUACUGCAGUUCUGCAAGACCCUCCUGCAUCGACCGCUCCUUUUAAAAGAACUGUCUCCGGGCAACCUGCACCGACAUCUCAUGCAACAUCAGGUACCGCUGAAGGUACGAGAAGAAGUAACCGACUUCUCAACACAACUAGACCACCGAGUGCGAGCAGCACAGCUGGAAGCAAGAUAUCCUCACUGGCAAAUACUCUAGGCCUUCGUGAAGGAAGGGACAUCAAGAAAGCAAGAGCGCCGGCUGUAAGGGCGAGAACUGCCACCGCUUCGACCGUGGGCAGAGUCGUUAGUGGAAAUCGAACUCGAACCGGGUCGGCAGACGCGAUGGACGUUGAUGCCAAAGAGUCCAGAGCCGCCGCGAAUGCACCGCCGGUACCGUCUCUGCCAAAUUCCAAGGUCCGAGCCGAGUCCGCAGUCAAUCGAGAGCUUGAAGGUAUUCAGACUCUGUUGGAUCUGUUCGGAAGAAUCGCCUCAGCCCAACUAUGUUUAUCCAAUUAUGACUGCCAGACGGCAAUCCAGAUCUUCAACUCUCUUCCAUCAGCGCAACGUGAGACACCAUACAUUCUCUCUCAGAUCGGGAAGGCAUAUCACGAGCAAGCUCAAUAUGCUGAAGCCGAGAAAUUUUUCAUUCGAGUUCGACAGUUGGCACCCACUCGCUUAGAGGACAUGGAAGUCUACUCCACGGUGCUCUGGCAUCUCAAAUCAGAGAUUGAGCUUGCUUAUCUGGCUCACGAACUGGUUUCGGUCGACAGACUGUCACCUCAAGCAUGGUGUGCAAUAGGCAAUUCAUUCUCGCUGCAGCGUGAACACGAGCAAGCCUUGAAAUGCUUCAAACGCUCCACACAACUCGACUCUCAGUUUGCCUAUGGAUACACCUUGCAAGGCCACGAAUACAUUGCCAAUGAAGAGUUCGAGAAAGCCCUGGAAGCGUAUCGGGCGGCGAUAGCUGCUGAUGGCCGGCACUAUAAUGCCUGGUAUGGCCUCGGCAAGGUCUACGAGAAAAUGGGCAAAUGGGCCAUUGCCGAACAGCAUUAUCGAACCGCAGCCAAGAUCAACCCUACAAAUGCGGUACUGAUCUGCUGCAUCGGCUUGGUUCUUGAACGGCUCAAGCAUCCCGAAAAGGCUUUGCAGAUGUACACGCGCGCAUGCACCUUGGCACCUAGCAGCGCGUUGAGUCGGUUCAAGAAGGCUCGAUGCUUGAUGAGCCUUGGUCGACCAAGGGAAGCGUUGGCCGAACUUCUCAUCUUGAGAGACGUCGUUCCGGAUGAAGCGAACGUCUGGUUCUUGAUGGGGCGGCUUUACAAGACAUUGAGAGAGAAAGGGAAUGCUGUGAGGGCCUUCACCAUGGCUUUGAACUUGGAUCCUAAGGCUGCACAAUUUAUUAAGGACGCAAUGGAAAGUCUUGACGACGAGGAUGAAGAUCCGUACGACGAGGACGAAGAUAUGGACUGA